GUAAACACGAAUUGGGGGGAAACACUCAUUUGCGUUCUGGUCUCAGAUACUGCUUAGUUCUUGGAAGCAGAGUGACAACACAAUGGCAGAAGCGUCGAAACCAAAGUACGAUAGCCUCCCAGGCAUCGACACCGCGCCCGAUGUGUACGAAACCCCCGAGCUUGACAACGACACCUCCACCAUUCAAGCUUCCACUGCCGUUUCCGACUCCGAUGCUGGCGACUCGGAAGAGGAUGAGGAGUCUACUAUCCGACAUCGACACCUACAGACAGACGAAGCUCGCAGUCGCUUUCAGCCCUCGAGAAUCGACGCUCGUGGGGUUGACUUCUCCGAUAACAUCAGCGCACAACGUCGUUCAUAUCGCACAUCUACUCGGGGAGCCCGGCGGCGUGGUGAAAUCUUGGGGGAGGAUAGUGAUGACGAGAAGGAGUCUUUUUCACGGAAACUUCUACGUCUAAAGAGGGAACUUCAUGAGUUGGAAGAGGAGUAUGAAGACAGAGUUCAGUCUGGUGAUAAAACACAGGUUGAAGAGAAGGAUCCCAAGGAGAUAAUGGAAUUGAUUAGCGAGAAGGUGGACUAUAUAUAUGCAAUGCGGAAAGGAGGCGUUCGUGGCGCGGAACCCAUACUAGAAAGGACGAUUGAGAAGUACAACAAGUAUCCACCGUUCGAGCCAUCUCAAAGGCUGACCAAAGCCAUUGAAAACCAACCACCUCUUCCUGGAAGUCAAGUGCAGAGGUCGCAGCUCGAAUUUGUGCUGAACCAGGCUGCGGAUUUUGAUACAAGGUUAUCGAAAUUAGAAGCCUCUUUGGGUCUCGACGGUAAUUCCAUGCCGGACACUGGCGAGAAUGCUCCGUUCCCGCUAUAUACAACCCUGGAAAAGCUGGAACAAACCGUCACUGCGAUUUCAGACGCAUCAACUACCAAUCUAGAAAUAGCCGCACAGAAUGUCAGGAAGCUCAUCACUGAAGCGGACACUCUCAAACAGAGCAAGCAGGAUUCCUUACAAUACGAAGGCGCAGCGUCACCGCCACCCAACGGAAAGCCAAUAGAUGCAAAGUCGCGCGCAGAUACGGACCAGGAUGCAAAGAUAAAUGCCCUGUACGGUACCCUUCCGUCUAUAGACAAGCUGUCACCCAUGCUACCUAUCGUUUUGGAACGGCUUCGAACACUUCGUCUUGUUCAUACUGCUGCAUGGCAGGCUGAUGAAGUGUUGACGGAGCUAGAGAAUCGGCAGUCGAAGCAGGAGGAUGAGAUCCAGAAAUGGGCAACUUCACUGGAAAACGUGGAGAAGGAUGUCAAAGAAUGUGAACAGAGCUUGCAGCAAAAUAUGAGGACGGUUGGUGAUUGGGUAAAGAAGCUAGAAGAACGCAUGGAAAACAUGCCCUCGAUUGCCCAAUAAGUUAUAUCCCUAAGAGCAGUGUUGAUGCAUCGCCCUUUGGAUGGAUGAGCCAGGAGUGUAGUCCUGCGACAGUUUUUUUAACAACAUGUUCAUAUGCAGGUCCCAAGUCAGGGGGCAGACGGCUUGAGAUCUUAAGAAAUCCCUGGAAGGAGUGGAUGACUCGACUAACCACAUAGCAUCAUAGCGGCGUUGCUUUCGAAGUCAUGAUUUCUCUAGAUACCCAUACAAUGUUAAUUCAAGAUCGGCAUUUGCUACGACAGCGUUCAUUACCGUCCUCUCUGUUUUUGAUGUCUUCCAAACCCAAUUGCAUGAGAGA